GAGUUCUUUUUCAAAAAAGAAACUACUCAAUAUCAAUUUUUUGCAGUCCUAGUCUCUAUCCGGGAUCGGGCCGGGUCAGAUUUUGGGAAAUGAGAAGAAAUCCAUAAAUGGCGAGUGAUUCGUGAAGAAAUCGUUCGGAAGCAUAGAGCAGUUGGCCCAAAUCGCCAUCUGUUCGUGUAAAUUUCUGAUCUCACGUCUUAGGGUGUAAACGCACGCAAAGUCUUUAACAACUUUUCCAAAAGUUCGCAAUUCCAGACGAAUACUGUGACUGCCAGGCAUCUCGGGAUCAUUUUAGCGCCAUUUGAAUGCUUGAAGAGUAUAAUCAUUCGAGUUUGGUUGAUUCACAGGUCACAAAGCUCAAGACCACCUGUUCUGUCAAGAGAGCAGUACAUUUGCAAUUGUUAGUGUUAUGUCUGUACUCAUUGAAGGCCUCCCAGAUGCGGUUGCCAUAAGGUGUCUUGCACGGGUCCCAUACUGCCUUCAUCCUAAAUUGCAGCUUGUUUCACAUUCCUGGCGGGAAGCCUUUAGAAGCCGGGAGCUAUUCAAAGCCCGACAGGAAGUCAACUCACCCGAAGAGUUUUUGUGCGUGUGCGCAUUUGAGCCUGACAACCAAUGGCAGCUAUACGACCCCAUUCACGACCUUUGGAUCAAACUCCCCAUCCUCCCCUCAAACAUAAGACAGCUAGCACAUUUCGGCGUCGUCUCGACGGCAGGAAAGCUGUUUGUUCUCGGUGGUGGCAGUGAUGCCGUGGACCCUCUGACCGGCGACCAAGAUGGAAGCUUUGCGACCGACGAGGUAUGGUCAUACGACCCGGUGACAUGGAAGUGGGCCCUAUGUGCACCGAUGAUGGUCCCACGCUCCAUGUUUGCAUGUUGUGUUUUAGAUGGGAAGAUUGUGGUUGCGGGAGGGUUCACCAGCUGCAGAAAGUCGAUAUCUAAGGCUGAAAUGUAUGAUCCUGAGAGGAAUAUCUGGGUGUCCAUUUCCGACCUCCACCGCACCCAUAACACUGCUUGUACCGGGGUGGUUAUUGAUGGUAGGGUCCACGUGUUACACAAGGGGUUGCCGACGGUGCAUGUUAUGGAGAGUGUGAAACAGGGGUGGUCAGUUCAUGACUAUGGCUGGGUCCAAGGACCCAUGACUGUGGUUAGGGGGAAGCUUUAUGUUAUGAGUAAUAGCCUAAUCUAUCAACAAGAAAAGGAGUCCAACCGGGUUGUGAUUUCGGCAUCCGAAUUUCGUAGGAGGAUUGGGUUUGCCAUGGUGGGACUCGGAGACGAUAUAUACAUUAUAGGUGGGGUCGUGGGCCCCGACAGGCUGAAUUGGGACAUCGAAACGACGUCGGAUGUGGAUGUUCUUACACUCGGGAGUGAACGACCCGUGUGGCGCAAGGUGUCUCCCAUGACGUUAUGCCGGGGUACCAUUCUUGGUUGCACACAACUGAGGAUUUAGGUUGUCUCUGGUGUGGAUGUUAUUCUUUGGCUUCUUUUUUCCCCCCUUUGGUUUUCUUAUACUUUUUCUGAAAUAUGAUGUUGUGAUUUAUCUGGUUUGCCUUCUGGGCUGCCUUUGUUCUGCAUUAUUGCAUUUUAACCAUACUGUUUUUCUGUUUGCAGAGUUUUUUUUUUUUCACAACAAAGAUUGUGGCUUUUU